GAGCUGGAGUGAGUUGUCCAGAAACAUUCAGCAAAGCCAAACAUUGCUACGUGAACAGUAACACACACACACACACAGGUGGGAAGGAGGCCGGGGCUUCACCCCUCCUGAUCACGACAAGUCAAGAUCAGGAGGGGCAUCUUCCCUCUCACUGUUAGAUGACCAGAGUCUGUAGAUGCCUGGAGGUUGGACACUGAUGUUUAACACCAUGUCGGCGGUCACCACUCAGCCUCUUUCAUUUGGUCAACUUGAACGAGAGAAGCACAUCCAGAUGAUCUUCAGAGCUUUCCAGAGCCGCGGCGGCCCUCCUUCUUUUGAGUGUCGCACUCACCCACCUGGACCCAAAUCCCACCAAGGACCUCCUGACUGGGAACCUGAAGAGCAGCUGUCAGAUCUGGCUCCUGAGGGGAGGAUGGAGAACGACUGUCAGCGGCCAACGGGCACGGAGGAACAGAAACUUGGAGCUGCAGCGGGGUCGGACUUUAUGUCUGCGCUGGAAACAGUGAGUCGGAUCCGAGUCACUGGCAGGCCAGAGCUGCAGGGUCCACAGUGUGUUUCCAGGAGGAUUUACAGCAUCGCCACAGGAGGCAGCAGGUCACAGCUGUUUGUGGCCGUAGAAGAGAGCUCUUGUUUGUGCCUCCAGUGCUGCGGUCCAGCUCGGGCCUGUUCCUUGCAGGGCUAUGACUGUCAGGGGCGUCAGGUCUUUUAUUUUGAAAGGCCCCUCAGGGUGGACGCCUGCUGUCUCGGCUGCUGCCUGAUGGAGAUGAGAGCCUACACGGCCCAAAAACAUCUCAUUGGUACCAUAUGUCAGAGGUGGAGCAUGUUCACCCCUCUCCUGGAAGUGUGCGACUCAGAAGGGUCGUCCAAACACAGAAUCCAGGGCUCAUGCUGUCCGUGCCGCUGCUUAUCCAACCAGCAGUUCCAGAUUGUCUCCAACAUUGGCGAGAAAGUAGGCACAAUAUGGAAGAAAUGGCCCGGAUUCAACGAUGAACGCAACAUGGAUCACGAGUAUUUUGGGUUGGAGGUGCCACCGAGUAUGGAUUCACACAACAAAAUCCUGCUUCUUGCUGCCACUUUCUUACUGAAUCACAUGUUCUUUGAGAUGAGCUGAUUGGUGAAAUGGAUCCGUCAUUACUAACAUGUUAAUGGACUACAUCUACCCUACACCAUAUAAACCCUGGCUCCUGUCUCUUUAAAUGGUGUAAAUAAAUAAAUAAA